CACGAAUCCGCGACGUUUUCCACCCGGGCUGCUACUCGCCCAGCCGAGAUAAGAAGCGGCGGAGCUGCUGGCCACGCGCGCCUUUCCGGAGAGGGAAGAGCCGAGGCCGGGGAAGAGCCGCACCUGUUGGGGAAGGAUGGAGCGCAGUCGCGGCGGGGUGGAAAAGAGUCACCUGCUCACCGGGACGGAAAGCAGAUCCUAUUUAGGAGUCUCAGGAAAGGACUUCCAUGGUUCAGUGGUUGGCUUCGUACCUGGCCUCUCUUCUCUCGAGCUGGACCUCAAAGGAAACCUGCACUGUCACUCCAGCUGGGCCUCCAGCAAUGGCAACAAUGCUGAGCAAAAACGAGCUCGUCGGAAGCUUUAUCUGGCCUCCGCCAUCUGCUUGGUCUUCAUGACAGGGGAAGUUGCAGGAGGAUAUUUUGCACACAGCCUGGCCAUUAUGACAGAUGCGGCCCACCUAUUGACUGAUUUUGCUAGCAUGAUGAUCAGCCUUUUCUCUCUCUGGAUGGCAUCUCGACAGCCUACUAAGACGAUGAAUUUUGGAUGGUACAGAGCAGAGAUUUUGGGAGCCCUGCUGUCUGUUCUUUCAAUCUGGGUGGUAACUGGUGUGCUAGUUUAUCUAGCAGUGGAGAGACUGAUUUCUGAUAAUUAUGAGAUAGAAGGCGAAGCCAUGCUUAUCACUUCUGGCUGUGCUGUGGCUGUAAACAUCAUGAUGGGCAUUAUCCUACACCAAUCAGGACACGGUCAUAGCCAUCAUGGUCACAGUCACAGUCACAAGGAGGGGACACAAAAUACUAGUGUGCGAGCUGCAUUUAUCCACGUUGUUGGAGAUCUCGUGCAAAGCAUUGGAGUCUUGGUGGCCGCCAUCAUAAUCUACUUCAAGCCAGAAUAUAAAUAUGUGGAUCCUAUCUGUACCUUUGUGUUUUCCAUCCUGGUCCUUGGAACAACGUUGAGCAUCCUCCGAGAUGUUAUCCGGGUGCUGAUGGAAGGUACUCCGAAAAGCAUCGAUUUCAAUGAUGUGAAGACUAUCCUGCUGUCCAUAAGUGGAGUGAAAGCAAUCCACAGCCUCCACAUCUGGGCUCUAACAGUGUCUCAGCCGGUCCUGUCGGUCCAUAUCGCAAUCAAUAAAGAUGCCGAUGCCCAGACUGUCUUGAAAGAAGCCAGCUGCCGACUGCAGAAAGCUUUCGAUUUUCACACAACCACAAUCCAGAUAGAGAACUAUUCGGAGGACAUGAAGGAUUGCCAAAAAUGCCAGAGCCCCACAGACUGAUCCACUGUCGCCAAGUCAGCUGGAGAUGUAUGUUCAGCCAUGUUAAAGCUGCUACCUCAAAGUAUUCUAAGUGUAACCCGACUUACUGAUUCCUUGUGCCUAAAUCCUUCUGGAAUCAUCCAGUUGAAAGUGCAAUUCUUAACUUGUUUGAAAUGAAGCCAAAAACCUUAUUUUCUCUUCCUUCCUUCCUUCCUUCCUUCCUUCCUUCCUUCCUUCCUUCCUUCCUUCCUUCCUUCCUUCCUUCCUGUCUUCCUUCCUUCCUUCCUGCCUUCUUUACUUCCUUCCUUCCUGUUUUAUAAUAACAAAUAAAAUGACAGGAAUUUCCUGUCUAUUUAUUUAUGUAGUUACGGCAUCUGCUUUAUGCGUCAUUCCAUAUCUGCCUACUAGGCAGGACUUCUUAAAGCAUCUCUCAAGUUUUAAUUUCAUACAAUAAGCACAACCUUAUAUUCACUACUUUUAGAGGUCUAGAACCAGAAGAUGCUUAGGACCAUUUUAAAAUUUAAAUGAACACAAAUUGAGUACCUCUCUGUAACAUCUUAGCUUUGCCCAUCUCUGUGUGAUCCUAGGAUAAAUGCAUUUGGUUUAAGGACUUGCAGAUGAGUGGUGAAUCGUACCUUCAACUGAAGCUUCUUUUUGCCUCCAACUGAAAGUCCCUCACAAGCCUAUUUGAUGCUCACUUUGGAACUAUUGCAGUUAAUUUUUAUAUAAUUUUUAUUGAAGCUUUUGAAAAAGAAAAAAAACUAACACAAACUAAUAUAAAGUAAAGAAGGAAAAAGGAAAGAAAGAAAGUGCAAGAAAACAAAUUUAAAAAAAGAAAGAAAAAGAUACAAAGAACUGGUUUCCAAUCCUCUUCAUAGCAGUUAUUACAUUUCAACCUCUCUCUCUAAAGAUAUUUCAUGAUGCUGUUCUUUCUAUAAUCUUUCCUGUCUAAUCAUCAAAGCCCUAAAUCAUACAUUCAGUUCUUUUAUUUUUAUGCAAAAAAAUCCAUAUGAUGUUUGCCAAUCGCCAAUAAAUGUAAAUAGUGUCUUUUCUCUAAUAAAACAGUUAAUUUAUCUAUCUUAGCAAGUUCUGUCAAAUUUCACCAAACAUUCCUCCAUGGUCAAUAGUCUUGAAUAUUUCUAGCUCUGUGCAUAUUGUAGUCUUAACUCAAUAAUCUUAUAUUGAAAUAAUUCAGUUCUGGAAGUACUGAAAGAGACGUAAAACAGGCUGAGAGAAUUAUGGAAGUUAAGAUUAAAACAGAAAUGUAAAAGUUCUGGACAUUUGCAGGUGAUUUGGUGUUAAUUUUAAAAGAUCCACUAGAGGGAGUAGAACUACUAAUGGGAAAAAUGGACUACAUUUUUAGCAGGUUUUAAGAUUAAUAAUCAGAAGACAAAGGUGUUAAAAAUAUUAAAAUUAGAAAAUCAAAUAGAAAUUAUGGAGGCAACUGGUUUUAAGAUUGAGAAAAAAGUAAAAUACUUGGGUAUUACUCUGACAAAUAUGAAUUAUAUAUUACUUGAAAAUAACUAGGACACAUAAUGCAAUUAAGAAAGACAAGUUAAGAUGGGAGAAAAUAAAAUUCACACUAUUGGGGCAAAUCUGAUAAAAAUGAAUGUUUUGCCACAAAUGAUGUUUUUGUUACAGACAAUCCCUGUUUUGACAACCGAUGUUCCAUUUAAACACUGACAAAAAGAUAAAUCUAAAUUUAUAUGGCAAGGGAAAAAACCCACGAGUUUAGGUGUUACAAAAUGCAUAUGAAAGUAGAAGAUUGGGUUUAACCAGAUUUGAAAUUGCAUUUUGCUGCUUGUUAUUUGGUCUGGGUGAAAGAAUGAAUGUGGCUGAAAAAUAAGAGACUUUUAGAGUAAGACGGUCAUGUCCUGAGAUUUGGAUGCUAUGGAUAUUUACGGUACAAUAAAGUUAAUGUGAAUUUCAAAAA